AUGGCGGACAUCGAUGACAAGCACCUUCGAGAUUCCAUUCUUGGAGCCAUUGACCAGUUUCUUGACUUGAACGGAGCAUCAAUUCAAUCGACACAGGCUGCCUCCAACACUGUCCACACUUUGUUGUCAGCGCUGAACAAGACUAUGCUAUUUCCAUCCCCGGAACCAUUCUGCGGCCGCGAAAGAAUGGAGCAACUGAGACAUGCGAUUGACUGGAUAGAGAAUUUUCAUCUUUGGCACGAAUGGGAAAGUGAAUCUGAAAUCACGUUAUGCAUGUCUGAAAUGGAAGAAAUAUUCGAUACCGUUGCGGAAUUGGCAGACCAGGUGGCAUUACACCUUACAAAGACGCAGGUCAACAAAGGAAAAACUUUUAACCACGAAAAGUAUCAUGUCUCUCACUUCCUGUCUCUUAGCGGGAACAUGAGAUGGACGCUACACAAAUCUUUCCAGAAGUACAAAGAUCAGAAGUACAAAGAUCAAAAGUACAAAGAUCAAAAGUACAAAGAUCACAAGUGUGAACAAGAAAGUGGCCUUGCAAUAUUUGAUACCACAAUGCUAUCAAUAUCGGAAGCUCAAGUAUGGAGGGUUAGCGAUUUGCUUCUCUUUCUUGACAAGAAGCUUGGAUCAAAAGACUCUGCCAUUGGCUAUUGGGCGAGGCGUUGGGCAGCAACUGCAGAUGAAUAUCUAUGUUGGGAAUUCGCCCCAAAGAGCGCACUGGUCAAAUUUGUUACCUGCCAAGCCAUGAACAGUUGGAAAGAGGGCCGCGAACAUAAGUUUUUGAGGCCGGCAUUUGGAGAAUCCCAAACCCUGGCGAUUUUCAACGGCAAAACUCCGAUUCCACUAGGAAUCGACGAAUAUAUUCGACGGUUGUCAUUUUUUUUAUUCGAGAUCAUGGAUCGAUUGUCGCCAAACACUAUUGGGGCUAAUCUCAUUAAUCACCUGAUCGCAAAUUUUGAUGAUCCUUAUUCAUGGGGAUAUGCUCUAGAUCGCAACAAACCAGAGUUUAAGGAAAAGCUUUCGGCUCUUGUGAAUAUUGAGUACACGUCCAGCAUUGUCUCAUGGGAAUCUGAUGAGCAUAUCCGUGGCGAAUGA